UAACCCAGGCGCUCCUGUUAAAUACUGACAAGCAGGAAUACCGCUCACUCGGGCGCUUCCUACUCUUGUGUGUUUCUGCUCCUGGACAUUCACAUUCGGAAUCUAAGCAGCUUUCGGAUACAGCCAGUCUUCAGUCAUACUAAGACAUCAUGGCGCAGAAGCCUGGCAGCCAGGGUGGAGAGGCUGAUGCAUUUCUCUUUGUGGAUAGAGGCAUGCACAAUCCAUUAGCCCAAGCUGACUGGUCAGCGAAGAAAUUGGUUUGGGUGCCUUCAGAUCGCAAUGGCUUUGAAGCUGCAAGCAUCAAGGAGGAAAAGGGAGAUGAAGUUACUGUUGAAUUGGUGGAAAAUGGAAAGAAAGUUACUGUUAACAAAGAUGACAUCCAGAAGAUGAAUCCCCCAAAGUUUUCCAAAGUAGAGGACAUGGCAGAACUGACUUGCCUCAAUGAAGCAUCGGUGCUGCAUAAUCUGAGGGAGCGGUACUACUCAGGGCUUAUCUACACAUACUCAGGUCUUUUCUGUGUUGUCGUAAACCCAUACAAAAUGCUGCCCAUCUACAGUGAGAAGAUUGUAGAAAUGUACAAAGGGAAGAAGCGACAUGAGAUGCCACCACACAUUUACGCUAUCGCAGACACAGCGUACAGGAGCAUGCUGCAAGAUCGUGAAGACCAGGCAAUUUUGUGCACGGGCGAAUCUGGAGCUGGGAAAACAGAAAACACCAAGAAAGUAAUUCAAUACCUGGCUGUGGUUGCUUCUUCCCACAAGAGCAAGAAAGACGCCAAUGCUAUCCAAGAUCCUGCUUUUGCAUACGGGGAACUUGAAAAGCAACUCCUUCAAGCCAACCCCAUUCUGGAAGCCUUUGGAAAUGCAAAAACAGUAAAAAAUGACAACUCAUCCCGAUUUGGAAAAUUCAUCCGGAUCAAUUUUGAUGUCACUGGCUAUAUUGUUGGAGCAAACAUCGACACUUAUUUGCUUGAAAAAUCACGUGCUAUUCGGCAAGCCCCAGAAGAAAGGACAUUCCAUAUUUUCUAUUACCUUCUUGCUGGAGCUGGAGUUAAAAUGAAGGAGGAUCUGCUUCUGGAAGCGUUCUCCAGCUACAGGUUCUUGUCCAAUGGCCAUGUCCCCAUCCCAGGACAGGACGAUAAAGACUUGUUCGAAGAGACUUCAGAAGCCAUGACUAUUAUGGGAUUUUCAAUUGAAGAACAAACAUCUAUACUGAAGAUUGUUUCAUCUGUGCUGCAGCUGGGUAAUAUUUCUUUCAAAAAGGAGAGAAACACUGACCAAGCCUCAAUGCCAGACAACACAGUUGCACAGAAGGUGUGUCACCUGUUGGGUAUGAACGUGACUGAUUUCACCCGAGCCAUCUUGACUCCCCGGAUCAAAGUUGGACGCGAUUAUGUUCAGAAAGCCCAGACCAAAGAGCAGGCUGACUUUGCUGUGGAAGCUUUAGCCAAAGCAAUGUAUGAACGUCUGUUUCGUUGGUUGCUCAUUCGUAUCAACAAAGCUCUGGACAGGACCAAGAGACAAGGGGCCACGUUCCUCGGAAUUCUUGAUAUUGCUGGCUUUGAGAUAUUUCAGGACAAUUCCUUUGAGCAGCUGUGCAUCAAUUACACCAAUGAGAAGCUACAGCAGUUGUUCAACCACACCAUGUUUAUUCUGGAGCAGGAAGAGUACCAGAGAGAGGGCAUUGAAUGGAACUUCAUUGACUUUGGCUUGGAUCUACAGCCCUGCAUAGAACUGAUUGAAAGGGUGACUAACCCACCAGGUAUUCUGGCUUUGCUCGAUGAAGAAUGUUGGUUCCCCAAGGCCACAGACAAGUCCUUUGUGGAGAAAGUGGUCCAGGAACUGGGCAACCACACAAAAUUUGCCAAACCUAAACAACUAAAGGAUAAAGGAGACUUCUGUAUCGUUCACUAUGCUGGCAAGGUCCCUUACAACGCUGGAAACUGGCUGACGAAGAAUAUGGAUCCAUUAAACGAUAAUGUCGCCUCACUGCUGAACCAGUCAUCUGAUAAAUAUGUAGCGGAACUGUGGCGAGAUGUGGACCGUAUUGUUGGAUUGGACCAAGUAGCUAAGAUGAGUGAAAGUAUCCAGGGCGCCUCAAAAACCAAGAAGGGCAUGUUCCGCACCGUGGGACAGUUAUACAAGGAGCAGCUCGGCAAACUCAUGACAACACUGAGGAACACCAGCCCCAAUUUUGUGCGCUGUAUCAUUCCAAACCAUGAAAAGAGGGCUGGCAAACUUGAUGCGCACCUGGUUCUGGAACAGCUCCGGUGCAAUGGUGUUUUGGAAGGAAUCCGGAUUUGCCGCCAAGGAUUCCCAAAUAGGAUUAUCUUCCAGGAAUUCCGCCAAAGAUAUGAAAUCCUAACUCCAGGUGCCAUUCCAAAAGGGUUCAUGGAUGGAAAACAGGCCUGUGUACUUAUGAUCAAAGCCCUGGAACUAGAUUCUAACCUGUUCAGGAUUGGACAAAGUAAGAUCUUCUUCCGAACUGGUGUGCUGGCUCAUCUGGAAGAGGAGAGAGACCUGAAAAUUACAGAUGUCAUUAUUUCUUUCCAAGCUCGAAGCAGAGGCUACCUGGCCAGAAAGGCCUUUGCCAAACGGCAGCAGCAGCUGACUGCUAUGAAAGUAAUUCAGAGAAAUUGUGCUGCUUACCUCAAACUGCGCAACUGGCAAUGGUGGAGACUAUUCACUAAGGUUAAGCCACUGCUACAAGUCACACGUCAGGAGGAGGAGAUGCAACUGAAAGAUGAUGAGUUGCAGAGAACCAGAGAAAAGCAACAGAAGGCAGAACUUAAUCUUUCAGAACUUGAAAGGAAACACAGUCAGAUAGUGGAGGAAAAGUGUUCCCUGCAGGAGCAGCUGCAGGCUGAGACUGAGUUAUACGCUGAGGCUGAAGAAAUGAGAGUCCGCUUAGAAUCGAAGAAGCAAGAGCUAGAGGAGAUCCUCCAUGAGAUGGAGGCAAGAAUAGAAGAAGAGGAGGAUCGAAACCAGCAGAUGCUAACUGAAAAGAAGAAAAUGCAGACCCAAAUCCUGGACCUGGAGGAACAGCUGGAUGAGGAGGAGGCUGCACGACAGAAGCUGCAACUGGAGAAAGUGACCCUCGAGGCCAAGCUUAAGAAGAUGGAUGACGAUAUCAUAAUCCUGGAAGACCAAAAUAUCAAGUUUGUAAAGGAGAAGAAAAUUCUGGAGGAGAGAAUAGCUGACUUUACCACCAAUCUCGCAGAAGAGGAAGAAAAGGCAAAGAACCUGACAAAACUGAAGAAUAAACAUGAAUCUAUGAUUUCAGAACUAGAAGUGCGGCUUAAGAAGGAAGAGAAGACGAGACAGGAGCUGGAGAAGUUGAAGAGGAAGUUAGAAGGCGAGGGUGCAGACCUCCAUGACCAGCUCGCUGAGCUCCAGCAGCAGAUUGCUGAGCUUAAGAUGCAACUUGCCAAGAAAGAGGAAGAGUUACAGGCAGCUAUGAGCAGGCUUGAUGAAGAAAUUGCACUAAAAAAUAAUGCUUUAAAGAAAAUUCGCGAGUUGGAAGCCUUUAUAUCAGAUCUUCAAGAAGAUUUAGACUCGGAGAAGUCAGCUCGGAACAAGGCUGAGAAACAAAAGAGAGAUCUGGGUGAAGAGCUGGAAGCCCUGAAGUCCGAGCUGGAGGAUACCUUGGACAGCACAGCGACACAGCAAGAGUUGAGAGCCAAGAGAGAACAUGAGGUUUCAGAGAUGAAACGUGCCCUGGAGGAAGAGUCAAGAUCACAUGAGGCUCAAAUUCAUGAAAUGCGACAGAAACAUGGUCAAGCGAUUGAAGAAGUAACAGAACAACUGGAACAAGCAAAACGGGCCAGGGCUAAUCUCGAGAAAAACAAACAGGCUCUUGAAAAGGAGAAUAAUGACCUCUCGAAUGAGGUCCGGUCACUGUCCACAGUUAAAGCUGAGAUAGAACACAAGAAGAAAAAGCUGGAGAACCAGGUUCAGGAGUUCCAGGUUAAAGUGGCUGAUGGAGAACGUGCUCGGGCUGAACUCAACGACAAAGUGCACAAGUUGCAGAAUGAGCUGGACAAUGUUACCUCCAUACUUAAUGAAGCCGAGGGCAAGUCAAUUAAACUUGCAAAGGAUGUGUCGAGUCUUGGUUCACAGCUUCAGGACACACAGGAACUACUCCAGGAAGAGACUCGUCAAAAACUGAACUUGUCCACCCGUCUGCGUCAAUUAGAUGAUGAUAGAAACAACCUUCAAGAACAGCUGGAUGAAGAGGGAGAAGCUAAGAGGAACCUGGAACGUCAGAUAUCCACUUUGACAAUGCAGUUGACCGAUGCCAAGAAGAAAUUACAUGAUGAUGCUUCUGCACUGGAGGGUCUUGAAGAAGGAAAGAAGAAACUUCAGAGGGAAAUUGAAGCAAUUACCCAGAACUUUGAGGAAAAGGCAGCAGCGUAUGACAAGUUGGAGAAGACAAAGAACAGGCUGCAACAGGAGCUUGAUGACCUCCUAGUGGACCUAGAUAAUCAGCGACAACUUGUUUCCAAUUUAGAGAAGAAACAAAAGAAAUUUGAUCAGAUGUUGGCAGAAGAGAAGAAUAUCUCUGCUAAAUAUGCAGAUGAAAGGGACAGGGCAGAGGCUGAAGCUCGUGAAAAGGAGACAAAGGCCCUGGCGUUGACACGGGCUUUAGAUGAGGCUUUGCAAUGUAAAGAGGACCUGGAGCGGGUCAACAAGCAACUGCGAGCGGAGAUGGAAGAUAUUGUGAGCUCUAAGGAUGAUGUUGGAAAGAAUGUGCAUGACCUGGAGAAGUCCAAACGUGCUUUGGAUCAGCAAGUAGAGGAGAUGAAGACCCAGUUGGAGGAGCUCGAAGACGAGCUCCAGGCAACGGAGGAUGCCAAGUUGAGAUUGGAAGUGAAUUUGCAAGCCCUGAAGGCCCAAUUUGAGCGUGAACUACAGGCCCGUGAAGAGCAAAAUGAAGAAAAGCGGAGGCAGCUUGUUAAGCAGGUCCAUGAGCUGGAAAGUGAACUGGAAGACGAACGUAAACAGCGCACAGUGGCAGCUGCUGCCAAGAAGAAAUUGGAGAUUGAUGUAAGUGACCUGGAAGGCCAGGUUGAAGUUGCCAUCAAGGGCCGUGAAGAUGCCAUAAAACAACUCAAAAAACUUCAGGCUCAGAUGAAGGAUUACCAGCGUGAACUCGAGGAUGCUCGGAGCGCCAGAGAAGAGGUUCUGGCUCAGGCUAAAGAGAAUGAGAAGAAAGCCAAGAGUCUGGAGGCUGAUCUGCUGCAAGUCCAGGAGGACUUGGCAGCUGCAGAACGUUCCCGUCGUCACGCUGAGCAGGAGAAGGACGAGUUGGCGGAAGAGUUGGCAGGACAUGUAUCAGGAAAGUCCGCACUUUUGGACGAGAAGCGCCGCCUAGAGACCAGGAUAUCACAAAUGGAGGAAGAGCUGGAAGAGGAACAGGGCAACAUGGAAGGGCUGAAUGACCGUCUGAGGAAAGUUAUACAGCAGUCUGAACAGCUGUCGAACGAACUGGCCACUGAACGCAGUGCAAAUCAGAAGAACGACAGCGCUCGGCAACAGCUCGAGAGGCAGAACAAAGAGUUAAAGGCCAAACUGCAGGAAAUGGAAGGGACAGUCAAAUCCAAGUUCAAGUCAACAAUAACCUCUCUGGAGUCAAAGAUCGGCCAGUUAGAAGAGCAACUGGAGGCAGAAGUAAAGGAGAAGCAAGCAACAACCAAGGCAGCCCGCCGCACAGAGAAAAAACUGAAAGAGAUCCUGAUGCAGGUGGAAGAUGAACGAAGACAUGGGGAGCAGUAUAAAGAGCAGGCUGACAAGAGCAAUGCUCGUGUGAAACAACUCAAGCGGCAGCUGGAAGAGGCCGAGGAGGAAUCGCAGCGAAUCAAUGCGGCGCGGCGCAAACUCCAGCGGGAACUGGAAGAAGCCACUGAGCUGAACGAGACCAUGAACCGCGAAUGUAACACGCUGAAGAACAAACUCAGAGGUGCACAUGAAUCUGCUCAGUGAACGCCCAGGCGUGGAAAUGAUCCGAUGCUGAGUGGAGCACGGAGAUCUGGCAGCAGACGCGGAGUGGUCGAUAACACUUCACUAGAAAACUCUGAUGAAGAUGUUGGAGGACGAGAUGCGGACUUCAAUAGCACAAAAUCUAGUGAAUAAUGACAGUGUAGCAUACCGUGGUAUGGUAUAGAAAGGGGAAAAUUAUACACAAAUGAUUAGUAAAGCUUCAAAAAGGUCACACACUUAUGGUAUUAGCAGGGCACAGUUUUUCCAUUUAUAAAACUAGUCAUUCACAAUUAUUAAAAAAAUAUUUUCACAUGCAUGUGGCCGAAAAUAUUUUAUUUUGCUAAAUAUUUUACAUGUAUCAAAGUUUCAAAUAAUAUUCUAGCAUUUAAAAUACAUUGUAAAAAUGAAAGUUAAAAUAUGUAACCCUAAUGUGCACUGCCUAAUGGGUUAGGAUUUUAAAAUGGUUGUAUUUUGUUGCUAAACCAUAAAUGAAAUAGCAUCAAAAAUAUAAAAAUGCACAUUUCCCUUACUGAAAUUAUUUGGUCCUUUUCAGUAGCACUAUGAUAUCAAAGAUGGAUGGUGCUCUUUGUAUCUUUAUAGGAAGAGCCAAGCACAUUACUGUACUAUUUGCAAUACAUACCUACCAGACCACAGCAAUACUGGUCACAGAAUUCUAUAGAAUUGCUUUGUUCAGCCACUUGAAAUACUGGAUUUAAAAACAAACCAUUGUUUGCAGUAAUAUAUUCGGAACAUGCUAAACUUAGUCUGCGAAGUGUUUCUGAAGCUGUUUACGACUCACUAUCACAAAUAAAGGACUUUAUCACAAA